GCGGCGGCGCCGAGGGCCGGUGCCCGAGCCCCGCACCGGCGGGCUGCUGCCGGCGGGGCUGUGGCUGCGGCGCCGCAGCUCCCUGGGGGCCGCCGGUUGCAAUUUAAUUUCGUGUAUUCAUUUUUCCUGGGCAGGGUGAAGGCGGGAGGAGCGGGCUGGGGGACGAGUGCGAGCUGCCUUCUUCGCCAAGGUGCAGCCCGGCGGCGGCGGCGGCAGCAGCAGGAUGCGAGCCAAGGGCGGCAGAGUCGCGGAGCAGCUACCUGUGUGGCCCGGAUGGCCGCUGCCGGGACCUGCCGGAGACAUCGCCAUGUGAAGGGGCAGACCCCGGGCCGGCUCUCCACCCCGCCUCGCUCAAUGGGAGAUAUAGUUGACUUUACACAGACAAUGCUCCCAAAGACUGUAUGAUAAUUCCUGGUGGCCUAAAGACAAGGCACAUUGGUGUCCAUUCAGAAGAGGAACGAGAACAGGAGGGACAGGAGGGCAAGAGCUUCUUACUGCCCCCCUGGCAGAAAUACCAAGUGCCUGGCCUAUCUGCAACACAAAUAAAAUACUAGUUUUCAGAAAGCAAGUGAGACCGAGAGCCACCUCAAAGCACACUAGGAGCACAGGCGGAAGAGGAACAGCGCCAGCAUGGAUAAGGAUAGCACAAACCUGGCUGACCAGCAGUAUGAAUGUGUGGCUGAGAUUGGGGAAGGAGCCUACGGGAAGGUGUUCAAAGCCCGAGACUUGAAGAACGGAGGUCGCUUUGUUGCACUGAAGCGGGUGCGGGUGCAGACCAGCGAGGAGGGGAUGCCACUGUCCACCAUCCGAGAGGUAGCAGUUUUGAGGCACCUGGAGACAUUCGAGCACCCCAAUGUGGUCAGACUGUUUGAUGUGUGCACCGUGUCACGAACAGACAGAGAGACCAAGUUAACAUUAGUGUUUGAACACGUGGAUCAAGACUUGACUACUUACUUGGAUAAAGUUCCAGAGCCUGGAGUGCCUACUGAAACUAUAAAGGAUAUGAUGCUUCAGCUGUUUCGGGGACUGGAUUUUCUGCAUUCACAUCGUGUGGUGCAUCGGGACCUGAAACCUCAAAAUAUCCUUGUAACCAGCAACGGGCAGAUAAAGUUAGCUGACUUUGGCCUUGCGCGAAUCUACAGUUUUCAGAUGGCUCUUACUUCAGUGGUUGUUACUUUGUGGUAUCGAGCUCCUGAAGUCUUGCUUCAGUCAAGCUAUGCAACACCAGUUGAUCUUUGGAGUGUUGGCUGCAUAUUUGCAGAAAUGUUCCGUCGAAAACCACUCUUCCGUGGAAAUUCAGAUGUUGAUCAGCUGGGAAAAAUCUUUGAUGUAAUUGGACUCCCAGAAGAAGAGGACUGGCCUCAUGAUGUUGCCCUUCCAAGAAAUGCUUUCAGUUCCAGACCUGCAGAACCUAUUGAAAAAUUUGUACCAGAUAUUGAUGAACUAGGCAAAGAUUUGCUUCUUAAAUGCUUAGCAUUCAAUCCAGCCAAGAGAAUAUCUGCCUAUAUUGCCCUCUCUCAUCCAUAUUUCCAUGACCUGGAGAAAUGCAAGGAGAAUCUGGACUCUCACAUGCCACCCAGCCAAAACUCCAGUGAGGUGAAUGCAUCAUAAUGCUGACUGAAGAUGAACCAUAAGUGAACAAGAUGUGUAGCUGACAAGGCCACUAUCCCACGAAUCACAUAGCUUCUUCUAGCAAUCAUUAUUUGGAGGUUUUAUGCACUUACCUUUUUUUCUGGGAUUGUGAUGUGCUUAUCCAAGGAAAUCAAUCUAGUUUACUUUCAUCAGAGCAACAUAAGGGCCAGGGCUUUGACUUGCUCCCAUUGCAGCUUUAUGUUUGUUUUGUUUUGGUUUUGUUUUGUUUAUCUACCUGGGAAAACUCCAGACAAAGAGAAGCUGCUGACUGGCUUUGCUGCCAUUUUAUCCCUUAAUAUUGAAUGCUGCCAUUGUGGAGUAGGAUGAUCAAGCCACUGCCAAAACAUGAUGCAAUCUCUUUCUCUCUAGCUCCUGAAGUAUGAUUUGGUACUUGUAAAAUUAUUAUGUGAUCUUUUACAGUGAUAUUUAGAGAAUGGUAUUGAAAUAUCAGAUCACUGCAACCUGCAGUUAACUGAUACGUACAUUGAUACAUCUAUUCAUUCAUAGCAUAUAUGCAGAUGCUUCCACACUUGAAAACUUGGAUGAAUUAUUUGAUCAUUUCAUAAAAAUAACAGUGAUGAUGGUGUUCAUAAUAAAUGUCUCAACUUUCAGUUUUUUUCAUACACAAACAAGUUACUGUCUAGCUACAUUUGUGUGCAUGGCACAAAAAGCAAGUGUUAUAAAAAAACUUCUAGAGUCCUGUUCUUAAAGACUUUUUCAGUUUCCAAAUGCUUGGUUUGUGUUGAAAGCCAGACACAUUCUAGCCCAUCAUCUAACCUAUCAUUCCCUCUUGCAAGCAGCUGCUAGCACAUUUUCUUUAUCUCAUUCCAAAUUUUCUGAUAUAUAGCUCAAAGACAUGAGCAGAGCCAAUGAAAAUCAGUAUGUUUUCACCUUCAACCUGUUGUGAGUAUCGGCCUCAUGGAAAAUAUAAAAAUUAUUUCCAGUUCAGAAGCAGAGAAUUCUGUACUCAUAAUAAGUAUAGAUACAUAUUUGUGUUGAAUUGUAUGCUGUAUACUGCACUGCCUUACCUGCAACAGCCCUCCAUGCAUCACAAGUGCAUAAAAAUUGCUGUCUCAAAAUCUCUCAGAUGUUGUUUAUCAAGCAGACUUGUUUUCUAUGCAGAAAUGCAUGAGCUUCUCUCCUAAACCACCAUGUGGGUUACUCGCACAUGUGUCCUUGCUAGGGUUAAUGUGCUGUUAUUGAAUGUCAAAAUAACUAAGCAAUUCACAUGCUUUAAUAGCACAGUUAUUUUAAAUAGUACAUUAAAUUUUUAUAUUUAGUAUUUUUACCUUAACUGAAAUAUAUUUUCCAUAUUUUAAAAAGAAGCUUUUAUUUUUUUAAUAGUGUACUGGGGGGAAAAAAAGAAGAAAAGAAAAAAAAAAAAAAAGAAAUAUUUUAAAUCCAUGGAAGCUGUUCCCUAGCAUGACUUUAGUGCAUUUGCCUGGAUAUGACUGGGGUGAAAAUAUUGGUCCAACGAGUUAGCUCUUACCAUAAAACCAUAAAUAUACACUAUUUCAGUAUAAUGGUGAUAAGUGAGGCAGCUAGCUUUGCUGAUUCAUGUGAUAAUCCCUUAGGUUUCUCUCUUCCGCAUCUCUAUUUCAUCUUGUCUAGCUAGCAAGCCAGCAACAUUGUAUCCUCAUUCACAGCAUCUUGGCAGAAGCAGGACAUUAGUAGUGAGUUGAGCAACAUAAUUUUUCCCAGCAGUGGCACAGGAACUUGCAGCCCUCUCCCUGGCAGGUUUCUCCAUCAACCAACUGUUGGGUGAACUUCAGUGUUUCAGGUAUGUUUCUGGUAUCUGCAUUGUCUGGGAUGUGGUGCAUUGCUAGGAUAAUGAGCAGAUCUUAUCUAUCUCUUGAAUAAUGCUUCUUGUUACUGAUAGAUGCAUAAGUAUGCAACAUAUGUUUAAGUUAGGUCUGGUUGAAAUAAACCAGAUUUUAAAAGGACCACUUGCAUGCAUGCAAGCAGUGGCCUGUACUUUUCUUCGUGCCCGGAAUGAUGCCUAUGCAAAACCUACCAGCAUAAACAGGCAAGUUGCAAAUUAGGCCUGGCAAGAGCAUGCAUGAAGCAUCUGAACACAGAGAUGAUACAGAUACAUAAGACUAGAAUUUUGGAAGCUCUACGAGCAGCAAGCUGAAGUCCAUGGAGCAGUCACAGUAACUACCCCUCUAAUCCUGACCUUUUCUCUAUCGUUCUCUGUUCCUACAUCCAUGGAGAACUGCAAACUCACUGCACUGGUGUUGUCCCAGCUCUCUUCCUCUAUGGGUCAAUGGUCCUGAGAGUGAAUAGUUUUUAACAUUCAUAGAAAAGAAUGGGCCAGAGUCAAAUUUUUGCUGUUUUUUAACACUAGAUGGAACAACAAACAGAGGCAAGAUUUGGUUUUAUCUUGUGACAGUUUUAUCUUGUGACAGUAAUAAAUAGAAAAAUUUUCAACACAGUUCAUCAUUUUUUAAAACAUUCCACAUUUUGCCUAGCACCGAGAUAUCAUACAUACUUUAUUGGGGCAUUCAGCUGGUGUGGCUUUCCAGCAUCUGUCACAGAACUCUCCCUGAGCUGUCCAACAACUAACAUAAGGUGAAAAUAUAGGGGAGAUAAUAUUUUCAAAUUAGGCUUAAAAAUCUCACAUAGAGAAGUACACCUGUUCCAUGAAAGAAAAGUUUGUAUUAAGCAUAGUGAGGCAAAGGUUAGAUAAAAGAGAACAUGAUUGCUGAAUGUAGAUAUGUUUUUAGGGCAAGACUUCUCUUAGUCUUUAAGCCAAAGGUUAGUAUUGGCCCAAAAACUAAUGAGAAUAUGGAAAUUAACUACUGGAGCAGCAUUCCCCAAUUAGUAGUAUCAGAAGAAAAGCUCAGAGAGCAGCAGAGAAAAGCAGGGGCUGGCUUGCAGAAUCAGAAGCAGAGCUUCUGCAACAUGGUCCCGUAUGUUGUCUAAUAUAGGAUCAGGUUAUAAAAGGGGAUAUUCAGGAGAACAGCUUGAAAAAGGCUGCAUUAAUGGUCAUGUUCUGAAACAUCCUUCAAGAGAGAAUGUCAGGAACAAAAAAAGCAGUCUUAAGUUCUAUCUUGACCAUUAGGGAAAAGAUUUAUCUAAUAGUGUCCUUGUGGUAGCAAGGGCUUAGAUUCAAUGGACCGAUGACUUCUCAAAUAACCUUCUUUUCAAAUGGAAGAAAUUUCAUAGGCUUACUCUUAUUCCACUCUUCCCUGCCAAAAUGUGAUACUUCACUUAAAAUAGUAAACUGAGGAAGCCUGUUCUCUGGCUGGGCAAAGUGCUGGCACUGGCUAAAGUCAUGCCAGGAAUUAUGGUAUAGACAACUAUGGAACUGUGCUUGAGUCCAUGCCCUUGCUCUUUUUACAUUACUGCUAUAGCUCUAUUAUUUUAAUACCUUUACUCAUUACUGACAUAUGUAUAGAAUGUAGGAAUUGUGUAUAUGAAAAAGAAGGUGCUCCUUGGCACAUGUUCCAGACUGUGAUGAAUACUCUUUGUACCUUUAAAUAAGACUUCAGAGUGCAAUUCUUCACAGCAGUAGCUACACCUGUAUGUGUUCUGCAGGAGUGGUUCAACAUCAGCUAAAAAUCAUUGAAUUUCAAAAGAUAUAUUAAAAUAAAUAUAUUAAAAAUAGCUCUUAGAGCACCCAUAAUUAGUUACUGUGCUCUUCUCAGAAGAGAAUAGUGUUUUCUAAGUAAUGGAAGGAGCAAUUUCUAUCUCCCACCAACUUAUUUUUUAUCACUACUACAUAAGUCUGCAGGAAAAACAGACCUAAUAGUCCAGGAAAAAAAGUCACCAAAGCCAGAUAGUGCAGUGCUAAUUGCUGAACCAUAGUAAUCCAUCUGCAACAGUCCUUUUCUCCCUUCACAUUGUCUCCAUGCUCACUCCAGCUCUCCAGUUUUUCUCCUUCAUCUCCCUUCUGAAAACAGGUUUCAGUGAUGCUCAUAGGUGCUCUUUCCAACAAAAUUCUUCCAAAUUUUCAAUAGAUACAUGUUGUCAGUGUCCGCUACAUCCCUGUUACCAAGUGUUGCUUCUUGUAGUCCAGCAGCCCAGAACCAGUGGUUAGAAAAGAACCUCUUUGUGUACCUCAUCGCUUACAUUUAGUCUUGCAUACACCUGUGUUGAUUUCUGUGUGACAAGUAAAAUUAAAAAAAAUAGUGUUUGUGCAUAUUUCUGUGUAAGCUGUGCUCAUCCUUCAGGGGUUUUCAGUCUGUUAGUCCACAAUGGUAAAUUAUAGAGUACUUUUCUCUGUUGGUUCUGUUCCAAAACACAGCAAAAAAUGAGGAAGUCAUGUUUGCAAAAUAUUGAAGUUCAAUGCUAUGUGUACAGAGCCUUUUACAUGAAAGGAAUCAGUAAGUUGCAGCAUUUGAGCAUCUUCUGUAUGGGGGAUAGUAUCCAGCAUCAUAACUCUUAUGUGAUUUUUACUCCUGAUGGUUGUUUUGGUGAAAAAUAAGCAAAUAUUGUGCCUUGCUACUUUUCACAGGUUCACUCACUGUCUUUGACAAGCAGGUUUUAUUAUAGAUAUAAUUCUGUCUGCUGUUAGAAACUAGGCCAACUUUAAUAUGGAAAAUAAAAAGAAAACAUGCUGUUUUGGUCUUUUAGCCAACAAACUUUGAGCACUUAUCUGACCCACAACUGAAAACACAUAAGCUGUCAAAUAUGGAUAUGAAUGAUAAACCACAGAAUUUGGUUUAAAAGGUCACAUAAAUUAAUUACAUUUCAUAAUAUAAAAGAUAGUUUAUUCUAAGGACUCUUGUUUCAUAGAACCACUUUGUUAGUAUUUUCAUAUACAAUAGCUUCAGGAAUAGAUGGAUUUUUAUACACAAUGUGAAUUAGAAGAUGCUAGGCUAUUAGAGUGAUUUUGUUGUGUUAUGCUUGAAGCUUGAAUUGAUCACAAGCUUAGGAACCUAGCAUUUAUUCUAUUGCUACAAAACUGCUUCUAAAUCAUAGAAUGGUAGAGGUUGGAAGGGACCUUUAGAGAUCACCUAGUCCAACCCCCCUGCAGAAGCAGGGUCACCUAGAUCAGGUCGCAUAGGAACAUCUCCAGGCAGGUCUUGAAGACCGCCAAGAAAGGAGACUCCACAACCCCUCUGGGCAGCCUGUUCCACUGCUCCAUCACUCUCACAGUGAAAUAGUUUUUUCUUAUAUUUAAUAGCAAGAUCUUUUUUAUAAUAAUAGGAUUUCACACUUCUCAUAAUGUGUAAAUGAUUUUAUUGAAAUUAGUAUAUUAGAAAAAAAGUUUUUCCAAACUUCAACUGUGCAGGAAAAUUUAAGAAAUAUAUUUUUACUUUCACGGAGAAUAAUAGCAUGUUACAUACUGAAAUCUUCAGUAACUGACUGUUAAUAAACUAUCACUUUUACUUCUUUUUGAUUACUAAGUAUUAGAGUAUACAAAUUGCUUUCCACAAAGAAAAAAAUCAGAAACAAUCUCUAGAAAAGUAAGUGGAAUUUUCUGUAUUUAAACUUCCAAGUUUUCAUUUUUAUAUCCACUUUUUUUGUACAGUUCAGACAUACUAAAACACAACUACCGUUUUAACAGUCUAAAUGGCUAUACAACUCAAAUACAAGUUUUAUUUAUUAGCUAUUUAAUUUAUUAUAUCUCUUUGCACUGCAAGUUAUUAGAUGAUAGCUGUAAUACGAUUCCAGUUUCUGGACCAGAACCUGUAGCCAUCAAAUCCCAAUAAUUUAUGUAAAAUAAUAAGGAGCUUUCUCCUUAAAAGCCAUUAAAAGAAGAAAGAUGUGGACAUAUGAACUGACAAAUAUACUUUUGCCAAGUGUUAUUUCUUCCCUUUAGUUUGAAGCUUAGUAGUAUUGUAUAUCCAUAUGCAAUAUAUACACAAUAUAAGAACCAUAAAAAACACUUAGGAGUAGUGUGUACAGAUGCUACUGAAAAAUUGCUUAUUGGGUUCUUGUAGAAGCCAGUUAGCAGUCAUUCUUUUAGCUGAAACACGCAAAAUUUUGAAACAUAUAUUGUUCCACUAAAAAAAAAAUCCUGAAAAUUAUUGAGUCUGGGUUUAAUUUUAAUUAAUUUAAUUAAUUGUAUAUGUUUUUAAUAUUGCUGUAAUUUUAAUAGGCAACAGGCACCCAAACACCCUGACUGAAUUCAAUAGAGACUUGUUCUCAAAAUGGAUUCUACAGGGCCAAAUAGAUAACAUCAGUUCUUCACGUGUUCAGUGGAGGCUGAACUUUGCCAGCACCAUGCAGCCUUUUGAUUUCUGGGGAGAAAAGCACAAGGUUGCUGUGGGUAAAGUUAGAGGAAAGUUUUCUUUGUCUUAAAUAAAGUCACUUGAGAGCUUCAGCAAUAUUCAGAUUCCCAGACUUCAUUGAAAGACUGUGCAAAAUAGCUGUGAGAUCAACCAAAACUCUCUAACCACAUGGCAUUUUUUCCUUCAGAUUAAAUGUUUUAUCUGUGUUAGAAUAUAUUGGUGGGCUUCAUCCUGCCCAAUGUCAAUGAGACUUUUGCAUGGCUACAGAAUGUAAGAGGAGAUUCUGCUAUGGAUGUAUUGAUAGUGGGUGAUUGUAGUAGAGUACAUUUUUUUGUUUGUUUUCCAAAAAAGAAAUUAUAUUGCCUUCUUUACAAAAAGUAAACAACAACAAAAAACAAAAACAAAACCCACACUCAGAUAAACAAAAGAGACAACUGAUAAAGAUUAAAAAGGAGGUUGUAAGGAGCUAUUGGGAAAAUAUUGUUGGGAUAAGGGAAAAGGAAUGUAUUUAUAAUAUGAAAAAUGUAAAUACAAAAAUGUGUAGUAAAUAUGCAUUUAAACGGAUACUUUUUCACUGACCUUGCAAAGCUGAUAAGGUUUUAUGGAAGAAAAAAGUCCAAGUACAAACUUAUUCUAACUAUCAUUUUAAUGUUCAUUUGCACUGAAGCAACCUAUACUAUUUGGCAGCAAGGAGAAGGAAAAACAGCCAAUUUUUCUUGUAAUUUACUUUGGUGAUGCCUAUAUGGAUAUGCUGUAAAGCUUUCAACCUCCCUUUCCAUUUUUGUGCAAGCUAAAUUUGCAUCCGCUCUAUUUAGCUUUCUGUACCUUAAAUCUAUCCAUAGGACAGAAAAAAAAAGGAUUUUCUAGCAUUACAUGUAUACUUGCUUAUGUUAAACCCAGACAAAAAGCAUUGUGUCUGCCUCUGAAUGGAAAAUUCAUUUUCACAGACUGCCAGCUUCCUUUGUGCACUUACUCCUAAGGAGUUUGUAAUUAACAUUCUAAAAUAUGUAGCCCUUCCUCUUAUUCUGUAUUUCAUACCUGUAUCAUGUUAUGCAAAUCUUCAGCCUUUCUUUAAAAAAAAAAAAAAAACCUACAAACAUUUCUUGAAUGUUAGGAUAAAUUUGGAGUAGCUAGAUGAUGGAGGAAAAUGGUGAAGUGCUGUAAAGAUAGGAAAAAUGAGCAGAGUUUAGGGAAAUUUUGACAAGUGAAUUUGAAUCUGUGGAAAAGUUACAAAGAAGUGUAGGGGGGAGACAAUUUUUUCCACCUUUUUCUCCUGUCAUUCAUUUUCAUAAGCAUAAGAUGAUAAAGCAAGACUCUUGCAUGAUAUUUUAGUUCCAGAUACUUAUUGCCAACUCACGUGUUCCAGUGCAGUUUUUCAAUGUAGCAACAGCUCUGGCUUUUAAAUCAGAUUUUGCAGAAGCUAGAGGUAUUUCUAUAUAGGUACAAAAAUGAGACAGCUUGAGGGCAGAUUAAGCUGGCAACACAGACACUGACUGUAGUUCAGCUGCAGACAUGAAGAAUGUACAGCUCUAAUGCAGGAGAAUUACUAACAGUGUCUAUUAGUGUGCACUAUUUUUGUUCAUUGUCAGCUGGCCCCUGCUGCAAACUGAAAAUCCUCUGGCAAUCCAAAAUGAUAUGUUUUUAAGGACUAAGAUUUUGAUAAGAUUAUCCCCAUGCAAGUUUGCUGGGUCAGUCCAGGUGGUUCACCGUCAUACAGGAGCAAGUCAGAGCCUAGCAAGUCUGUCCAGAUGCCCAGUGUAAGUAAUACUGAAAAACCAUCUACCAUGGAAAGGAAAAAAAAGUCUUUUCAUAGGAUAUAUAGCAGGGAUGGAGCUUUCUGAGCUGCUGUGUCAACCUGAGAGCUAACAUUAACUAUUGUCAUGCUACCUCCAAAAAUACAGAGUAUAAGACCUGUGUAGGAUUUGAUUGUGUUUAGUCCUUGUGUGUGGUUGGCUGGGUAAGUGUUAGAACAGAGCAGCUUAUCUUGGCCCUUCCGUUAAGUGCUUGGCAGAGAGACAAAUGUCAUUGUUCCAGGGAUGGGAAACCUCUAAUUCUACACAGUAGUUCUCUGACAUCUGUCAAAUACAUAUAGUGAUAGAUCACCCAGCCACUCAAGCUGUACUUUCUUUAUCCCAGAUCAUCCUACUGUGACAUUGUGAAAGAAGCCCUGGGGAAUCUGCUCAACAGUCUUUCAAUACCCUGCUUCCUCUUACUGCAGAGACAAUUACCUAUUUCCCUAUUGAUACUUCCAUAGCCACUUAAGAACUGUGAGCUAAGUUACUGCCUGGUGAUUCUGCUGCCCCCUAGUCUUCAAGCAAACAAGGAUUCGUACUAUAGUUUUUCCUUGCUUCACAUUAGGAACUGGGAAAUACGACAGUAAAAUGUGGCCAAACGUGUAGUACUUUCACACUCUUUGGUUGAAGAGGUGCGCUAGAAUACAGUAGAUUGAACACAAUGUGUUUGAUCAGCCAAAACCAAUUUUUUAUUCUGAAGGCUAUUUAUUAAGUGUAGAAGAUCCCUAGAUGACUGCUUACAGGAGCAGCCAAUGAUGAUUCUGUUACACAGAAGUUUUUAACAGAUACAAACAAGACUAGCAAUGUCAGCCUCAUACUGCUUACCCCCCGCUUCCCCAAGGUCAUUUCCUUCUAGCAUGAGGCAGAGCAAUACAGUUCUUCCUUAUAUGAAGGUUUCUAACUCUCAAGAUAUCUUGGGUGCAUGUAGGCAAUCAAGCUCAUUCCUUUUUUUGCUAUGGCACUUUUGAGUACAGAGCCCUGCCACAAGUACUAGCCACAGACAGACCUUUACAUCAAAUGCAUCCUUCUGAGGAAAAGUCUUUCCAGGAUCAGUAUGUUUGCUGUUUCUAUGACAGCUGACUUUUUGGCAUUUUAAAUAGCAGUGCUGUAAUAACUCCCCUAAGAAACCUCUCUCACUAUAUAAAGAGGGUAACUGAGAAUGCUGGAUGUGCUGUAGGAAAUGACAAAGUGUUUUGUUCCAGAUAGAUAAUGAUAUAUCUCAAUCAUCCUUCACUGGUGACAGAAAAAAAAGGGGGGAGGGGGAAGGGGAGUGUCAAAAUAUAGCUUAAGUCUGCACAGUGCUAGUUACGUAAAUGGUGCUUCUCAAUUUUUUUCCAGCAAGACCCGAAAUCCAUUACAAUUUCUUCCAGAGACUUAAUUUUGGAGUCCCUUGUCCAAAGGUGGCUGUAAUCAUGAGUUGCAACUACAACAAGAAGUACAUUAGAAAUUGGAUUCUGCCAAGAGAUUUGUGGAUGUGAGGCUGUGCAAGGUGGCUUAUGUAAGCUCCGUGGGCAUGUGCUUGUCUGAAAGUAUUGAUUGUCAUGCACAUUUUGAGCUUGAGUUACAUAACAUGAUAGAAAGACUGCAGUGUCAUGAGAUUAGAGGUUGAAGUGACUGCAAAGAUUGAUCCAUCUUUUCCUUUUUAUCUCCAAAUGUCUGUCAACCCAGUGGUUUUCCAGCUUUGUUUUCUUUGAGUUUGUUUUUUUUUUCAUCUCCACCACCACCAUUCUCAUUCCUAUUGUGCAUAGUAUGUUGAAUAGAAAAGUAUUACUCUAGUUUAUCAGCUUCAAAACAGAGCAGGUCUGUGCCAUGCUGUUUGCUCUCUGGUGGUCAGGAUUAAGAGAACUGUUUUUCUCUUAGAUUCCAACAAAUAGAAUUCAAUAUCCAUGACAGCUUCCUUGCAUUCAACACUGUUAAAAAACCUUGCUGUCAUUUCCUGCAGUGUUCAAAACCUCUUUUCCUGGAGGCUGAACUGCUCUCCUAUACCCACUUACAGUGACAGCAAUGUGGGCAAAAGAAGUUUACAGUAUGACAGUGCUUUUUGGUAAGAAAUUAUUCUGGUUAAAACGCACUCUGACAGUCUCAAGGACUCUUAGUCUGGCACUUUUCACAUGCAAGGCAGUCAAUUCUGUUACAGUGAGAAAUACAUUUUAAAAUACUUAAGGUAGAUAAAACAUAGAUAGAUAAAAGAUGCCAUUUAUUUUUCUGAUAGAAUCUGUUUUCUACACAAAACUGUAUGAUUUGGGCACUGAAACCAAGCCCAGUCCUUCUUUCCUUUCAGACUUUAAUUUCUUUGUAAAUUCUUUCAGGCAUUUUGAUACAUUAAUCAAAAUUUAUGGUCCAUUUCAUUCAAAUACAUUUAAGUGCUCUAUAUCUGCAUUGAAUUUCAUAUGAGGUUUAUUUUUAAUGUAAUACUUACCUGCAUUACUUUGAACAGCUUUACAUGUGUAAUGUCUUUGAAUGCUCUAGUUAAAGAAAAAUUACACCCUCAAAAUGAUGUCUUAGAAGAAUGUACUUUGGAAAUGAUGUUUAUAUUAACUCCCAAAAUCAUCGCAGGGUGCUGUAUUGUCUGUCUUCUUUUGGUGUAACAGUGUGCAUUUGUAUUUCCUCACUAGCUUAAUACUCAUCAGUCUGAAGCCCAAGUAUGUAAACACAUAAAUACUGUACCUCACCUGAGCACUCCACAGAGCUGAGAGGGGUUAGUCGUGUGAGUAUAGUGGCCCACAAAAAAGUAUUUGGAGAAAAAGACAGUAAUUGACUCUAGCUGUGAGGACACGUGGUUAAUAACAGCAGUGAGACACUAGUAAAUGGAGUCAGCGUUUAUUGAAGAUGUGGACAUAUUUAUCCAUAUGCUAUUUGACAUUAACCUAAAUUAUUGCUAUUAUAAUUCAGUGUAUUAUUUCUUAUGAAAACACAUUAGUCUGUGAAAGGGCAGCUGCCAAAAAACGCGUUGUCUUGCUGCUUUGUUGUUUAUUUGCAUUUAGUAUACAAUUUGGUGGUUGAAGUGAAGCUAGUUUCAUAGAGAGGCAAAAAGCUAGAUCAAUCAAAAUAUUGAGUAAGCUUCAUACUGUACGUUGAGUCUUGCAACUAGAGUAGUAUAUGUGUUGAGAUGUAUUUUUAUGCUUUAGUGUAUUUUUGGUUUACUAUGUAAAGGAAAAUGUGGAUUACUUUGAAGUGCUAUUAUAGAGCUAAUUUUACACAUAGUGGGGGAAUGAUGUCUGAAAAAUUAAAAUUAGGAAACAUUGCGUAGGCUGCCUUUGACUUUAUUUUGUUUGUAGGAAGCCCAGCAGAUAUUUGUCAAUUCCAGAUGCUGAAGCCGGGGGCCAAGUUUGUGUGGCAUCUUGUAACUGAAGAAAGCUUUUUGCAGUGACACUGUUGCCCAUGUAGACUUCAAGUAACAAAAGCACAAAGGCACCAAAUCUAGGGUGUUUUUUAUUUGUGCAUGGACAAUUGCAUGAAAUACGAUUGGGGUUUCAAAGUAGUUGAAACCUGGUAUGGUGAAAGUUAACUCUAUCCCAGCCAAAACCAGGACAGUAUUUAGCAUAAUUUACUCUUGUUGUAACUCUACUGACUGCAGUUAAAUUGAGCCAAGAAUUUGACCUUGUAAGUCUAUAAAUUUCAGUGUCAGGCAGCCCAGGUCCAUAUAAAGAUACUUAAACUUAGUAAAUCAGCAAGAAUACUAUAUAAAUGGUAGUGUGUGAUAAAAACCUUAACUCUAGUAACAUUUCUCUCAGAAUUUCUACUCAUUAAAGUUCAGAUGUGCACUUAGUGACAUUGGAAUAUGUGGAGAAAAGCAUGAUACAGAAAUGUAUCAGAAAUAAGAGUAAGUUCCAGACACUCCAUGUGUGCCUACCUUACACAUUACAAAUCCCACUGAAGUGAACAGAAGAUAUGGAUAAAGUUAAACCUGUUUUUCUCUCUCAGGAUACUGGUUUCAGAAUCUGCAAGAUAAGUUGUGUUCUUAAAAGGCAUUAUUAAAACUUGUGUUUUCAGGUUUACAGAGUACUAUGAAUAGUGAGAACAGCUUCUGAGACACAUCCAGAGUAAUUUUUUUAAUUUAUGUUACAUCAGAUCAACAUCCAUUAACAAAUCCAAGUCUGUCUUGGUACCUGUACUUCUCAGUAUGAUAUUACAAAAUAAUAACAUGACAAACAUUCAGAAAGUUAAAUGGCCUCUAAUGCUGUUUGCCUUUUUCUCUUUCUUUUUUCCUUUACCAUUUGCUCUGGAUGUGUCUAGGGUUUCGUAAUUCAAGGGAAACAUGCAAAGUAGUUUUUAACAUUUUUUUCUUCAUUUACCUUGGGACAUACACUCAGUUAAUGAAAAUCAGCCUAGUCCUGUUGGCUUCUACAGCAUUGCAUCAGCUUAUAUCAUCAACACAGCUGACACAUCAAGUGUUAGCAUUUUGAGUCACUUUACCUACAUAUACAGCAGGAUUUUAUUUUGCCGGGUGGAAGCUACCCAGGGUGCCACCUAGCCUACUGCUACUGCCUUUUCACAGGACAUGGUUUCACUGUAUCACUUCAUACUUGAAAUUCCUGACGUUCUUCUAAUCAGGGUACAAACAUGAAAAGGUGCAUGUGUUACUGUUUCUUUUCCAGGUGCAUAGUUUGUUUUUUUUUAAUUCUGUGUGCUUAAUAGUUACUAUCCAGUGUUCUUUACAUUCUUUACAUUCAGCAUUAAAAUCACCUAUGUAUGAAACGCUGUAUGACCUAGAGGUACAGAAAAACAUCACCAUGAUUUCUCGAAUCAUUAUGCAAAUGUACUGGUUUACCUUUUAGUCAUCACGAUGACAUUGAGGGGCUACAGCAGGCAAACUGUGGUAUGUAAAAGUAAUACAACUUUGCUGUAUAUUAAACCUUGCAGCCCCUCUCCUCUUCUUGCACAGCUGCUGAUUACCAUAUAUGCAUUGGGAGAAACAAUCUUUCUGCUAUACAGAAUGGCAGGGAAAUAACGCAUACCCUUUGGAACCUCCAGAGCUCCCUCUGCAAGCUUCCAAACAAAGCCUUUGAUCUGGCGGUAUGCCUGCUCCAAGUCCCAGAUUUCACUCUACAGGGCUUUCGCCCUCAGCUGGGGCUACUUAACAGUGACUGCCUUGAAAAUCACCGGAGCAUGCACCUUAACAUAUAACAUAUUCUUUGGCUUUUCUGAGUUUGUAAAGAUGGCUGACUGCAAAAAUAAUCAUGUCUCAAUACAGUGAAAUUAGAUUAAGACACACAUAAGGUUAUUGAUAUUGUAUUAUAUCAGAAUUACAGUCCUUUGGAGCUGAACGUUUUGCUGCUGGCAGUGCAAGAAAAGCAAAGUUGUGUAUUUAUUGUUGGGUGCUGGGGGCUCAGUAUGAAAAUCAAUAUAAUAAAAAUGUUCAUGGUAUCAAGUUCUUGUUAGUUGUUCCCAAAUUAUUGGAAAGUAAAAAGAAAAAAAACUUAAAACUGCUUUCCUGAAGUUUAUUUCAGGAAUAAAUAAAAUUAUUCAAAUGCAGUAAGUAUUGUAUAUUAAAUGCAGAAAAUUAGUGGCUUUAUUUUCUAGUUUUUAUGUUUGCAAGUAUUUUUGUUUCUCAAUACUCUAGUAUUCUAGAAAACCCGCAAACACACAGCUGGGCAUGGAAACGUAAGCACUUGCACACCCUUUCAAGCACUUCACCAUAUAUCUUUAGUUUUACAAAAAUCUAACUUCAUUUAUCCUGAUUUCUCAUUUUUUAACAACUUUAUUCCUUACCUAAUUCCAUUUAAAAAAAAAAAACAAAAAAGGAAUUUGAGUGAUCACUUUUUCUUUCAAAGGCAUAACAUUGUUGCAAAUGCUAUGAACCCUAUAGGGUUUGGCACUAGUUUGACUUUACUGAAAUGUCCUGUGUUUCAAUUUAGGCAAAUUGUAUUUAAUUCCACUAUAAUGGCUCUUGGUUGUUCAUGAAACACAAUAUUUGCCUCAAAUGUUUCUUGAUCCAACUGUUAUUUGUGUAUUCCUAAGGAUUCUGUUACUUUAAUCUUUCAUCUUUUAAAAAGCUGAGC